AUGUAUGACUAUAUUUGGGUAUUUUCAUCCCUUAUAAUUGGCUACUUUCUUUUGCGUCGUCUUAUUCUGGAGCACAUUUAUGUCGAAAAACGAGGGAAAUAUGUUUUGGUGACCGGUUGUGAUAGCGGUUUCGGACGAUUAUUGGCGAUGAACCUUCUCGCGAAUGGAGUUAAUGUGUUUGCUGGCUGCUUCACAAAAAAUGGUAUUGACAGUUUGAAAUCGUCACAUUCUACUAUGCAAAAAGCAUGUGGAAAACUUUUCACAUUUGAUUUGGAUGUUACUAGUGAUGAGAGUGUACUGAAAGCCAAAAGCUAUGUGAAGAUGGUCUUACAUGACGAGAAAUCGGAACUCUGGGCUCUUGUGAAUAAUGCAGGCGUUUUCUCAAUAUUCGGCCCAGAUGAUUGGUGCGGAACGAAAGAAUACACAACUUCUCUCAACGUAAACACCCUCGGAGCCAUCCGAAUGUGUCACGCAUUUGUCCCAUUUCUCAAGAGAAGUGGCGGUCGAAUCGUGACGAUGGGCUCGACCGCCGGACGUCUUCAUGGUCUCUACGUGGCGCCUUAUGUGACCGCCAAGUUUGCCGUAGAAGGUUAUAUGGAUUGUCUUCGACUGGAACUUCGCAAAUACGGAGUCUCUGUUCAUAUACUGGAGCCGGGAGCAUUCAAAACAGAGCUCUUAAACAACGAGGCACAGAAAAAAAGAAUCGAAAGCAUCUGGAGCUCACUUUCAAUGGAAACUAAACUGGAGUAUGGCGAGGAAUACAAGCAUAAUUUCGAAGUCGCGUGGGAAUCUGGUGUUAAUUUUGUGGCCAACCGUAACAUCCAAUGGGUCGUUGAUUGCUAUACUCACGCGAUGUUUGCCUGGUGGCCAAGACUGCGGUACGCGCCAGGUUGGGACGCGAUCCUUUUAUUCAUUCCGUUGAGUGUGAUGCCGACAAGUGUACAAGAUAAUGUGUUGUCACUUUUGUACGCUGUAAGCCCGGGACCAGCUCUCAUCCCGUCAGACCUUUCAAAGAAAACAAAUUUCAUUAAAGUUUUAAGCGAGUACCUGUGCACUCUAGUCCAAAUCUUCAUCAUCCCUGUAGCUUUUUUGACAUUGUCCUGGAAUUCGACGUCAAACCAAGACUCUUCUAUUAUCACUACUAAUCAUACUCUUAUUACUGCUUGA